AUGCUGCGGACAGUACGAAAAAUUAAUCUACGAACCAUUGAAAUUAACGCAAGCAGCCCGUCGCAAACAUCUAUAAAUCCAAAAAAAUACAUAUACUUUACCUUUUCGGGCACUACCCAAACAUUUCAAUCGGGCUACCUUGGAAUAACGGACUCGACUAUUCAAGGCUCAUUACACAUAAAAUCAUCAUUAUUAGAGCACCCUUUGCUUGCGAAAAAAAUACUCAUCACUUUAACGUGUACUCACGCCGCACAAUGGUCGGUUGGAGAACAUCAUUACAGAAAAUCUUCAACGACACUUGAUUUAACACAGACACUUUUUACUAGCAAUGCUCAUCAAGUCUUAAAUGAUUGCGAAUUCCCUUUUGUAUUUCAGUUGCCUAGCACAGCAGUUGGUUCUUUCAAAACUGAUGCAUGUAAAAUCAUCUAUGAACUUGAGGCCAAGAUUUAUCGUAAAGGAAUAUG